AUGACAACGUCUAUACAACUCCUCACAGGAGAUCAAAGGUCUUCGUCCUUUGACGAGACGGAUCUAACGAUAAACCAAGUCAGGAGGGUUACAGUCGAAAAUGGUAGAAUUCCCUGCAAACUGGUCCGUGCCCAAUCUGUCGUUGGUGCUAAACCGCGAAGGAAAAGGGAGGAUUUUAUUACAGAAAAGCUGAUUCACAUUUCAGAAUUGGAUGAGGAUAAUGUGCUGUUGCAGAAUAUUAAUAAAUCGUUGAGCAGAUCGAAGAGAAUUAUUGUUCUGACGGGCGCCGGUAUCUCGUGUAAUGCCGGUAUCCCAGAUUUUCGUUCUGCAAACGGGCUAUACAAGCAGGUGAAAUCGGAGUACCCGAAGAUCAACAUUAGUUCAGGCCAAGAGAUGUUUGAUAUUUCGCUGUUUAGAGACGAGAUGAAGAUCUCUGUCUGGGCUACUUUCAUGGAAAAGCUGUACAGCAGUGUCCAGACAGCGAGACCAACCAAGACACACAGAUUUAUUGCACACUUAAAAAACAGAAAUAAAAUGCUGCGUUGCUAUACGCAAAAUAUUGAUGGUUUAGAGAACAACCUGGGUCUCGAAUUGUCGAGUAAGGGACAAACCAAGACUUACCUCAAUGAGCUAGAGACCAAUAGCUUGCACAAUAUACAUCAACAGCUACAAGAAAAAGAGCAGGAAAAGAAAGAGGGCUUCAAUGCCACUUGGAAGAAUUUUGACGUCGUUCAACUGCAUGGUGAUCUGAACACUUUAAACUGUACCAAAUGUUUUCACAUUGUGCAAUGGAGUAGGUCAUAUGCAAGGUCUUUCCGCAGGGGAGAACUUCCCUCUUGCCCAAAUUGUGCUGAAAUCAAUAUGAAGAGGUCGCAACAGGGCAAAAGGGUAGUUGAUACGGUUGGACUUCUGAGGCCGAAUAUAGUCCUGUACGGUGAGAACCACCCUUCUGGUGAAAUAAUAUCUCAAGGCCUGAAUUUUGAUAUCUGCAAGGGGAAGCCCGACUUCUUUAUUAUCAUGGGUACUAGUUUGAAAGUUGAUGGUGUUAAAAAACUUGUAAAACAGAUCAGCAAACAGGUCCAUGAAAAGGGCGGACUUGUGGUACUUGUCAACAAAACUAGCAUCGGUGAUUCUUCGUGGCAUGGCAUUAUCGACUAUCAAAUCUGGGAAGACUGCGACAGCUGGGUUGAUUUCCUGGAAGACGAAAUCCCUGAUUUUUUCAAAGCACAAAGACAAGUUGAAAGACAAAGGCAGCUGAAAAGAGAGGCCAGCGAAUUGAGAAAGAGUAAAGCCGAAGAAACCAAAAGAACUAAAGAGUCGGAAAGCUUCAACACACCUCCCACGACCCCAGUAAGAGAAGAACUUAUGUUAGAAGAAAAAGACGGUGGUGAAAAGGAUAUGAAGGGGGGCGUUCUGAAUGACAUUAAACGAAAACUAAUAGCUACGGGAGAUGACUUUCGUGAGUGCAAAAGGGCAAAAAAUAUUUCAACUCUCUAA